AUGGCACCGCAGGGUGCUUCCCGAUGUCAGGACUUUGAAGAACAGGGCUUCCUGCUCCUCAAAGGAUUUGUGUCUAAAGAUGAGUGCGAGAAAAUGAAGACCCGGAUGAAGGAUUUGGUGGAGGCUUGGGAUCCUCAGAGCGAGGCUCCAGCGCCAUUCACCACCGACAGCCAGCAGCAAGUUCAGAUGCAGGGGAAGUCGGACUACUUCCUGGACAGUGCAGACCGUAUCCACUUCUUCAUUGAGAAAACUGCAGCAGACAAGGAUGGCAAGCUCAAGGACACGCAGAAAAAGUUCCAGUCGUUGAACAAGGUGGGCCACGGCCUACAUGUGUUAGACCCGGUCUUUAGAGAUUACAGUCAAUCCAGGAAGAUUGCGGAGCUUGUGGAGGAGCUGGGCUGGAAAGAUCCCGUGCUUCCGCAGUCUAUGUACAUCUUCAAGCAGCCUGCCGUGGGAGGAGAGGUCACGUCGCACCAGGACUCCUCUUUCCUUUACACAACGCCCAGACCAACUUGCCUGGGUUUGUGGCUGGCCUUGGACAAAUCCACAACGGAGAAUGGCUGCUUGUGGGCAAGGCCAGGCUCGCACAAAGAGCCAGUUCGUCGUGUUUUUGUCAGAAAUCCGGAGCAUUUCGAGAAUGGCAAUGCCAAUGCUACGCAACUUGUGUUUGAGACCUUGGAUGAGAAGGAUCCUGCAUGGCAGUGGGAGGGCAAGAUGCCCGAGGGUUGCGAGCCACCCAGCCAUGGCUUGAGAGAGAAGGGCUUUAGCCCGCUGGAGUGUGAGGCUGGCGAUUUGGUGGUGAUCCACGGCCAGGUAGACCACCUCUCGUUAGCCAACACCAGCGACAAGCCCAGAGAGACCUUCCAGCUGCACCUGGUGGAAGGGCCUGCAGAGGGGAUUUCAUGGAGUCCGCGGAAUUGGCUUCAAUACCCUCCAGACAAGACCUUUCCAUCCCUGAAGAAGAAGCGCAAGGCACUUGACGACUGCCAAACAGUGGUUUGCUUUCAGUAUCUUGCAGAAUCCAACAUUAUUUCAGCGGACAAUACACCACGGUUUGAAACAUCAGUGCAUCCUGCGGAAGACAAACUGUACGGCACUGUACAAACUUACUGUAAUGCAUGUUAA